AUGCCUCCACCAUUCCGCCCACAAGCCAGCAAGUCCUCAUUCAAGCCUGCUCCCGCUCGUGGUGACCGGAAGGCGUUCCUCCGGCAGGAUUUCCCUCGCCCGUUGUCAAGACGUGAGCAGGACUUCCUACACCGCGACAUGGAGCGAGAGCUCAUGAGGGCGCCACCACUACUCCCUACGGCCAAGGAUAUGAGUCUAGUCCAGUCGACUUCUACAGUGUUUAUUCACCCCAAGCUCGACCUGUGUCUCGAUCAAGCAGUGAAGAGUGCCGAUGUUGACCUCGACCGAGCCGUUAAGAACGUCUUCGAUGUAGUGGAGUCGUUACCAUCUCGAGAGGGCCUCACGAGACCGGACCUCCGCAUGCAAGCUCUAGUGAAUCGUGUCGCCAAUCGUAUACAGUUGUCAUCAGUCGAUACGCUCUUCUAUGCAGCCAUGUUGGGCCUCAGUGUCGCGGCACGAACUGCGACAACAUCUUCGAGGAGCUGCUAUCGGUCAGUCGAGUACAUGAGGUUUCACCGGCCAACCUCGUGA